AUGGUGCGGCGGCCGAGCGCGCCGACAUGGGGGAGAAGCUGGAGCUGAGGCUCAAGUCGCCAGUGGGAGCCGAGCCCGCCGUCUACCCGUGGCCGCUGCCCGUCUACGACAAACACCACGAUGCUGCUCAUGAAAUCAUCGAGACCAUCCGAUGGGUCUGUGAAGAAAUCCCUGAUCUCAAGCUCGCCAUGGAGAAUUACGUUUUAAUUGACUACGAUACUAAAAGCUUUGAAAGCAUGCAGCGGCUCUGUGACAAGUACAACCGAGCCAUUGACAGCAUCCAUCAGCUGUGGAAGGGCACCACGCAGCCCCUGAAGCUCAACACGCGGCCAUCCACGGGGCUGCUCCGGCACAUCCUGCAGCAGGUCUACAACCACUCGGUCACGGACCCCGAGAAACUCAACAACUACGAGCCCUUCUCCCCUGAGGUGUAUGGUGAGACCUCUUUCGAUCUGGUGGCGCAGAUGAUUGAUGAGAUCAAGAUGACCGAGGAUGACCUCUUCGUGGAUCUGGGCAGCGGUGUGGGCCAGGUGGUGCUGCAGGUCGCGGCAGCCACCAACUGCCGGCAUCACUACGGCGUGGAGAAAGCCGACAUCCCGGCCAAGUACGCGGAGACCAUGGACCGAGAGUUCCGGAAGUGGAUGAAAUGGUACGGGAAAAAGCAUGCAGAGUACACACUGGAAAGAGGCGACUUCCUCUCAGAAGAGUGGAGGGAACGUAUCGCCAACACAAGUGUUAUAUUUGUGAAUAACUUUGCCUUUGGUCCUGAGGUGGAUCACCAGCUGAAAGAGCGCUUUGCAAACAUGAAGGAAGGUGGCAGAAUUGUGUCCUCAAAGCCUUUUGCCCCCUUAAACUUCAGAAUCAACAGCAGAAACUUGAGCGACAUUGGCACCAUCAUGCGCGUGGUGGAGCUGUCCCCACUGAAGGGCUCCGUGUCGUGGACAGGGAAGCCAGUCUCUUACUACCUGCACACCAUCGACCGCACCAUACUUGAAAACUAUUUUUCUAGUCUGAAAAAUCCCAAACUCAGGGAGGAGCAGGAGGCUGCGCGGCGGCGACAGCAGCGGGAGAGCAAGAGCAGCACGUCCACCCCCACCAAGGCGCCCGAGAGCAAGGCCGCCGCCGCCAACAACAACCCUAACGCCAACGCCGCAGCCGCAGCCCCCGUGGACGCGCCCCUGGACUCUGGUGCUGAGGAAGAGAAAGCCGGGGCGACCACCGUCAAAAAGCCAUCUCCCUCCAAAGCCCGCAAGAAGAAGCUGAACAAGAAGGGGCGCAAGAUGGCAGGCCGGAAGCGGGGCCGCCCCAAGAAGCUGAGCGCCGCACACCCCGAGCGCAAGCCCCGCAAAGGCCAGACGCCACUGGAGCUGCUGCACUCGCAGACGGCGCCGGACGCCGCUGGCGCCUCGCCCUCACCCCAGGAUGCCUACAAGUCACCUCACAGCCCCUUUUACCAGCUACCUCCCAGCGUGCAGCGCCAACCCCCCGACCAGCUGUUGCUGGCCCCCACCCCGCCUGCACUGCAGAAGCUGCUUGAGUCCUUCAAGGUUCAGUAUCUGCAGUUCCUGGCAUACACCAAGACCCCGCAGUAUAAAGCCAACCUGCAGCAGCUGCUGGACCAGGAGAAGGAGAAGAAUGCUCGGCUCCUGGGUGCCGCACAGCAGCUGCUCGGCCACUGCCAGGCCCAGAAAGAUGAGAUUCGGCGGCUGUUUCAGCAGAAGCUGGACGAGCUGGGUGUGAAAGCGCUGACCUAUAACGACCUGAUCCAAGCCCAGAAAGAGAUCUCAGCGCACAACCGGCAGCUGCGGGAGCAAACUGAGCAGCUGGAGAAGGACACGCGGACACUGCGGGGCCAGAGCCUGCAGCUGCUCAAGGCUCGAUGCGAGGAGCUGAAACUGGACUGGGCCACACUGUCACUGGAGAAGCUGCUAAAGGAGAAGCAGGCGCUGAGGAGCCAGAUCUCUGAGAAGCAGAGGCGCUGCCUAGAGCUACAGAUCAGCAUCGUGGAGCUGGAGAAGAGCCAGCGACGCCAGGAGCUCCUACAGCUCAAGUCGUGUGGGCCCCCCGAUGAGGGCCUGGGGCCGCAGCCCAGCCGGCUGCCCCCUGAGUUGGAUGCCUCCAAAUUCUCCCUGGCUCCCUUCAGCGGCCUGAGCCCUGAGCUCUCCCUCAAUGGUCAUGCAGCUGGCUACGAGUUGUGUGGGGCGCUCAGCCGGCCCCCAUCCAAGCAGAACACCCCUCAGUACCUGGCAUCGCCCCUGGAUCAGGAGGUGGUGCCCUGCACCCCCAAUCAUGGCGGCCGUCCACGCCUUGACAAGCUGGCAGGCCUGUCCCUGCCUGACUACACCCGCCUCUCACCAGCUAAGCUGGUUCUGCGGCGACACUUGAGCCAGGAGCCCACCACUGGUGCAAAGGCCUCGGGUGAGCUGCACCCUCGGGCCGAGCAUACCAAGGAGAAUGGUAGUCCCAGCCUGGUCAAUGGCAUUAAGCUGAGCCCCCAGGAUCCAUGGCCCACAUCCCCAGGGGCCCUGCCCACAGCUGGGGAGAAGAGCAGUGAGAAGGGUCUGAAGGAGCGUGGCUCCAGCAGCAGCGGUGAGGCCAUCACCAGCCUGCCCGUCAGCAUCCCGCUCAGCACGGUGCAGCCCAGCAAGUUGCCCGUCAGCAUCCCCCUAGCCAGUGUGGUGCUGCCCAGCCGUGUCGAGAAGAGAAGCACUCCCAGCCCUGUGCCCCAGGCCCGAGAGGCUACCAUGCUGGACAAAGUGGGCACCAGCACCUAUGGAGCAAGCAGCAAAGGCCUGGUACCGGUGCCCACAGGUUUCUACGCAGGUUCAGUAGCCAUCAGUGGAGCCCUCACAGGCAGCCCAGCCUCCCUGGCACCUGGAACUGAGCCCCCCACCUUUGAUGAGUCUUCUAGCUCCGGGAGCCUCUUUGGCACCAUGGGAUCCCGCAGCUCCACCCCGCAACAUCCCCCACUGCUGGCACAGUCCCGGGGUGCAGGCUCCGGCUCCCCAGCCCACCAGCUCUGUGCCAGCCCUCGGCUCAACGGGGCUCCCCAGGGCCCACUUCUUGACCCCAGCAAGGGGGAGCUGCCAGCGGAGGCCAGCAGUUCGGACCCCGAGAGUGACACCAAAAGGCGGAUUGUGUUCACCCUGUCAGGCAGCACCAAGCAGUCUCCCUCUCACAAACACAGCACCCUGUCCACGGGCACCUCAAGCCAUGGCCCCGACAGUCGCAAGCGUGGUCGCAGGAAGCGGGCAGCAGCAACAGGGACCCCCAGCCUAAGCUCGGGGGUGUCCCCUAAGCGCCGGGCCUUGCCAGCUGUGGCUGGCCUCUUCACACCAUCAUCGGGUUCCCCGCUGAACCUCAACUCCAUGGUCAGCAACAUCAACCAGCCCCUGGAGAUCACCGCCAUCUCGUCCCCUGAGAGCUCACUCAAGAGCUCCCCCGUACCCUACCAGGAUGACCAGCCCCCUGUGCUCAAGAAGGAGAAGCCACUGGGCCCAAGUAAUGGUGCCCAGUACUCACCACUCACCUCGGACGAGGAGCCAGGCUCUGAGGAUGAGCCAGCCAGUGCCAGAAUCGAGCGGAAAAUUGCUACCAUCUCCUUAGAAAGCAAGUCUCCUCCGAAAGCUCUGGAAAAUGGGGGCAGCGUGCCUGGGAGGAAAGUGCCGCUGGUGGGCGAGCCAGUGAACAGCAGCAAGUGGAAGGCCACCUUCUCCCCCAUCUCGGACCUCGGCCUGCCCAAGGCAGCCGACAGCCCCCUGCAGGCGGGCGCAGCACUGGCCCAGGGCUCCCUGUUUGCCUUCCGCCCCACCCUGGAUGAAGUGACAGCUGACCCCAAGCUGGCUGCGCAUGGGCGCAAAGGCUUCGCGGGCCCUCUGGCAGCAGGGGGGCUCAGCCCCAACAGCAACUCCCCCAGUAGCUUCGCCUUUUCCGACCUCAGUUUACACAGCUUCAAUGACGGUGCUGGGCUGGCCCUCAAGGGUUCCGAGGCGGCUGGCUUGAGUUUUCCCGGCCCCCGGGCCAAGGAGGGUGCUGCUGAGCCAGGCCCCUUCCAGAACAAGAGGCAGCUGGAUGGACUGGGGGGCUCCAAGGGCGAGGCUGGCAAAGGCAAGGAGGCUGCAGAGCCGGGCUUGCCCCCCAGUGGGGCUCCUGACAAGUCCUCGCUGAUGCAUGGGGCCAAAGCUGGUCGAGGUCGAGACCGAGAGGCUGACUUCAAGGGCGGACCCAACCUUUUCAUCUCGGCAGCCGCUGUGCCCCCCGGGGGCCUUCUCAGCGGCCAGGGCCUCAGCACUGCGACUUCGUCCUCUGCCGGCAGCGCGGCCGCCUCUGCGCAGACGCACCGGCCCUUCCUGGGCACCUUUGCGCCAGCCCCCCAGUUCUCCCUGGGCCCCAUGUCCCUUCAGGCCAACCUGGGCUCAUCCGUGCUCCAGUCCCUGUUCAGCUCGGUGCCCGCCGCCGCGGGCCUGGUGCAUGUCUCGUCCGCCGCCACCAGACUGACCAACUCGCACGCCAUGGGCAGCUUCUCCGGGGUGGCCGGCGGGGCCGUCGGAGGUAACUAGCAUUCUACCUCAACCGUGAGACCUAUGCAAGGACGGGCCAGCGCCACGGGACAGGCGACAGGAGGAGCACUACUGUGAAGCCGUGUGGCCACCCCACGCUGGGGCCCGGCUGUCCAUAGUUUUAAGAUAAAAAUAUUUAUCGUUUUUUAAAAAGUAUAAAACCUAUUCCGACUUAUUUUAUUCCACCGAAGUGGUCGAGGCAACUCGUGAAGAUGUACAUAGUCUAUGGAGAAGAAUAGCGACAUGUGGAUCUCGGCCCGGUGCUAACCCCCGCUGCCGCCUCCCGUCCUGGUGCUGAUGCCGUGCCGCAGGGCGGGCGGCCCUGGUGCUCGAGGCGGCGGCCUGGGAACAAGUGCAUUGCCUGUGGCAUCUGUGCCCUUGUGUGUGUGUACAGCAGAGGUCGCCAUGAGAGCGACAGUAUUGUAUAGAGAUGUGAUAAGAGUUUAUAAAAGGCAGGUCUGACUGCUUUAUUUUUCCAUGGGAUAGUGCACAGGAGACUGAAGCCAGUGGAGGGGAGGAAAGCCGCCUUGUUAUUUAUACUGUGCUGGGGGGCUACAGGGGGUCCCAGUCUCUGAGGAUCGAGGAACCUCUGGUUCCCCAGGAGGGGCCACAGGCCGCCCAUAGAUGUGGUCCUAGCCCUGCUCUAAGGUGCUGACACCACCCCCAGGGAGGGCCUUGGGGUUUGUUUGCUUGUUGCUUGUGAGGAGCACAGCCCAUCUCUAGACACAGAAGCUGGGGGCAGCCUGAACCCCGAGCCAGAGCAAUAGUGGGGCUCAAAGAAGGUGCUGGGGCAGGUUCUCAACCUGCCCAUCCUCGUAGGCUGCCCCGUGGCGCCAAGGUGCUUGCUGGGCCCUGCCCCGUCUCUGGGCUUCCUUUCCAGUAGGGAGCCCCAGUUCCUUAAGCUAUAGGACCAAGCAGGCGCCUCCCCCUUCCUUCGGGGCCUGAGACUGACCCCAUCUCUGUAUCCCCUCCCCUGGGUGGGCACCCAGGCACAAGAUUCAGGGUGCAGGAGAGGGUGCCCUCGGCUAACAUGGCACUAUGGCUUGGAAAGGCCUGGCGCUGGUGCUGCUGACAUGGGCAUUUCAGGGUGACGGCGCCCCGAGGCCGGGACUAGUCUGCCUGCUUACGCUCCAAUUUGUGACUAUUUAAGACCCUGCUCGCCCCCCACCUGUGUGCCCAGUGUCCUUGCCAGGGCCUCCACUGCGUCCUGCUUCCCACCUCCUGACGCUGUAAUAAACUGUUUCCACCAAAA